AUGACAAUCGCAGAAGAGCUCCGGUCGCGUAACUUCAGNGCCGGUAUCAUCAGCAUGGUGCUGUGCUUCGGUCUCGGCAUUGGCAAUAUCUUCCUCUUCCACUGGGUCAUCCUGUUCGCAGUGAUAUGCCUUGUCUGCUCGUUCAUCAUCCUCUUCGUCGAAGUCCCUCUCCUCUUGCGUAUCUGCCCGACAUCGUCCACGUUUGACACAUUCAUCCGCCGAUUCGAGACCAAUUACAUGCGUGCCGCAAUCUACCUUGCCAUGAGUGUGAUCCAGUGGAUCUCGCUCGCUGUCAAGACGACCAGUCUUAUCGUUGCUGCGAUCGUGCUGCUCAUCACGGCACUCUUCUAUGCAUUGGCUGGUGUCAAGGGACAAGGCUUCGUUGGAAGCAAGACAUUGGGUGGUCAUGGUGUGGCUCAGAUGAUCGUCUAG